AUGGGUUAUAAAUGUAUUUUUUUAUAUAAAGGAUUAUUACCAGAAAUCUCAAAAAGAAUUGAGUUUUUAGGUGGUGUUAAAGUGUCAUCAACAUGGUCAAUCAGUUGUUCAUUAUAUUUAGAAAGGGUACCAGAUGGAUCAAAUUUAAAUCCUAGGGAUUUUUACUUACUUUUAUUCGAUGAAAAACCAAAGAAAUGUUUUGUAGUUAGCAGAGAUACAAUAGUUGAAACUGACCGUGAAAUGGUUUCAAUUUUAGAAAAAACCAAUAGUUAUAGAAAAAGACAAACCACAGAUAUUUUAGGAAGCAAAUAUGAAUUAGGGGAUUUUAUAAUAAGAAUUGGACCAAUUGUAGCUAGAACAGAGGUUAGAGGUAUACUUGUAGAGGUUGAAUAUAUAGCAUGCUCAUCACCAGUUACUUCACCAUUUAAUUGCACAAAAUUACUUUCAGAGUUUAUAAACUAUAAUUUAGGACCAUUUCCUGAACCAAUCCAAACAUCAUAUGAUUUCAGCGCAUAUCCAACAUUAUCAAAAACUUAUUCAGAUCUUCAUACAUCCUAUCAAUAUGUAAAUUUAUUAAAAACAAUCCAAUAA